UCAGAGAUCAAGAAGAUGACCAACUCAUUCAUAAACAAACUAGGGCAAGGAGGAUACAGCAGUGUAUACAAAGGAAAGCUACCAGAUGGUAAGCUCGUGGCAGUAAAAGUUCUAACUGAAUCCAAAGGCAACGGAGAAGAUUUUGUUAAUGAAGUUGCAAGCAUUAGUAGGACUUCUCAUGUUAAUAUAGUCACUCUUUUAGGUUUUAGUUGUGAAAAGAACAAGCGAGCUCUAAUAUAUGAAUUUAUGCCCAAUGGAUCUCUAGACAAGUUCAUAUACCAUCAAGAUUCUUUAGCAACAAAUUGUCAUUUGGAAUGGAAAACACUGUACAAAAUCGCAGUUGACAUUGCUCGAGGACUAGAAUAUUUACAUCGAGGUUGUAGCACAAGGAUUCUGCAUUUCGACAUAAAACCUCAGAAUAUUCUUUUAGAUGAAGAUUUCAACCCAAAAAUCUCUGAUUUUGGCCUUGCUAAACUAUGCCAAAGAAAAGACAGUGUUGUAUCAAUGCUUGGCAUGAGAGGAACAAUAGGGUAUAUUGCCCCAGAAGUAUUUAGUCGGAACUUCGGAGGAGUCUCUCAUAAGUCUGAUGUCUAUAGCUAUGGAAUGCUUGUUCUUGAAAUGGUUGGAGGAAGAAAGAAUUUUGAUAGUGGGGUGUCCAAUAGUAGCGAAAAAUAUUUUCCAGAUUGGAUUUAUAAGCAUCUUGAACUAGGUAUGGGUGGAAGAACAUUUGGGGUCAUAACAGCGGAGGAACAAGAGACAUCAAGGAAGAUGAUACUAGUGAGUUUAUGGUGCAUUCAAACGAAUCCAUCCGAUCGACCAUCCAUGAAUAAGGUGGUAGAUAUGUUAGAAGGAACCCUUCAUUCCUUACAAAUUCCUCCAAAGCCUUUCUUGUGUUCGCUUGAAGGGUCACCAGUAGAUUCUUCCACAACUUCGUAA